UUUCACCAGUCAACGGCUCACUCAGCUGAGGAACUCAUGGCUCACACUACAUUCUCCCACUGCCUCUUUGCCUUCGAGAGCAUGGGGCAGGCAAAGAGGCAAGUCUGUCUGACUCCAGAGGCACUGAAAUACUUGUAUGGAUCUGUUUUUUGGAGCACACCAUGCUUACAUUGAUGAGCUCCAUUCCUUUACCCUGGUGAACCAUUCUAGACAAGAAACACGGACUAACUAAAUGCAGUUUUUCUAAUGUAGAGUUUGCUUUCAAUCAUGCCAACCUAAGCUAGUUCAAAGAAGCUUGGAGAACUUUGAGAAGAAGUUCCAAGAAGAUCUACAACAGGAGUUUCAGCACAUCUCUGGCAGUAAUGGGCACAGAAAAACAAAACUGUACUGAAAGUCUGAGCGUGGAGCAGAACGGUGGCCCGGCCAUCAGCGCGAUGAUGUUCGCAGCUGGAGUUCUCGGGAACCUGGUUGCGUUGGUUCUCCUGGAGUUCCGCAGGAGGAAAGAGAAGAACCGGCAGCGACAGUCUCUGUUCCAUUUGCUGGUGACCACGCUGGUCAUUACGGAUCUAAUGGGAACCUGCUUGAUCAGUCCCCUGGUGCAGACUGCAUACUUAACCAACACCACACUGGUUGGGCUGAGCGAGACUCGUGCGGUGUGUGAAUAUUUCGGAUUUGCCAUGACUUUCUUCAGUCUGGCGACGCUCUCCAUCCUCCUCGCCAUGGCACUGGAGAGGUGCCUUUCCAUCGGGUACCCAUACCACUACGGGAGGCACGUCACCAAACGCUGCGGAUACAUCACCAUCCCUUGCAUUUAUCUAGUCUGCUUUUUAUUUUGCUUAAUGCCGUUUGCAGGCUUUGGGAAGUAUGUGCAAUACUGUCCCGGGACGUGGUGUUUUAUUGCCAUGAAUCCAGAGGGGACUGAGGACCGGGCGUAUGCCAACGUUUAUGCCACUGUGAUGCUGCUCAUUGUUACAGUUAUAGUGGCAUGCAACUGUUUUGUAGUUUACCAUCUGGUGUUAAUGUACCGGAGGCGCAAAAUGAACCGAGGAUCAGUGCAGACCCGGAGUAAAAGGGACAGGAGGUACUUCUCAUGGGCAGAGGAGGUGGAACAUCUCAUUCUCCUGGUCUUCAUGACAGUCAUAUUUGUCAUUUGUUCCCUGCCAUUAAUGAUUCGCGUGUACAUCAACUCCAUGGGAAAGCCUAGAGGCAGCAACAAGACUGAUCUCAUAGCUCUGCGGUUCCUCUCGGUAAACUCCAUCAUCGACCCCUGGGUCUUCAUCAUCCUCAGCCCCUCGGUUCUGCGCUUCCUGUGGGGGGCGCUGUGGAAGACCAGCUUCAUACCCUCCAGAAACUCCCUGUUCAAAACAUCCAUUUCCAAAAACCCAGCAGGACAAAUCGAGCUGUACCAACCCACUUCCACCACUGUGGAGACCACACAACUCAACAAGUCAACCGUUCAGAUGAUCUGACGUGAUGAGGACAAUAUUUAUGGACUGGACAGAUCCAUCUAAAAAUCAAUAUGCUUUGGAAGACAAGGUUAUGAUUAAGUUCUUUGAUAGCAUUCUCUUUUAACUGAGUGAGAUAAAGCCAACUGUGAGGUCAAAAGGAUAAGUUAUGUUCCAUCAACCACUACAAUAAUUGUUUUGAGACCGAGGGCCCUGUCAACUGCGAUCGCCAGAAGAACAUGAAAAUUGUUCAAGGCAUGUUGAGUGGGCGUUCAGUCAUGGAGGAUAUUCCAGUUUGGAAGAGGUUAUUCUGUGUUUGGACUGUCUGAAGACAGAGGAACUGUCCUGAAGCUACCGUUCCACAAUCAUUGCUCAUCCAGGUUUCCUUUUUAGGAGGGUCGUGCUUUCAAACAGGUCAAAGGUUAAAUGGCAUGUUGUCCUAUGCAGUAUGUCACUUUGGACACUUUUGUUGUCAAGUGAAUCAUGUGACGAGGUUUCCUGCAUUUCAAGUCAAGCAGUUCUUCAAGUGUUACAUAUGAAAGCUGCCUGCUUGUAUUUAUAUUAUCAACACAUUUAUUGCGCUUUAAUUUAUGUUGAUACAACAGUAAGUCAGUGACAUAUAUGUGUCUUCAUACAUAUGUAGGCUGACGUGAUUCAGUGGUAAUUAGUCAUUUCUUUCAUGUGAGAGAUUUUGAUUGUACAUAAUUGUAUAUAAUUAGCAUAAGCAUAUAAGCGUGACGACAUGCGUGGUACCGUUCAGUAGCUACAGACCUAUUCUUUGUGUCAAGAUACUUGUUUUACGGUGCCUUUGAAGCUCUUGAAUGUACUUGUGAAAUAAUGUGACUUGUGUUGUCUGUGCAUGUAAUUUAUGUUGUGAAAUUGUCUGUUAAACGUAAUCACAUCAUAUCCGUCCUAACGCACUGCGAAAAGGAGCUAAUCACUAAAAGAACAGAGUCUGAAGCAGGAUUGUGUGUGAUUUUAAAUUCCAUUUCAGUUCCUGAAUUUGAAUGAUAUAGGCAAACAGAAUGCAGACUGCAUUUUCGAUUUGAAUGUAAGGAAGUAGAAUUAAAAUGAAUACAAAAAAUAAUAAUAAUAAUACACAUGACUGAAUAUUUUUAACUAGAAAAGCUAUUUUUAUCAAGACAAAAUCUGAGUGUUGGCUUGACAGUUUAAAAAAAAAAA